CAUUAACUGGGAUUACUGGGAGAGUGCUUUCUGCUGGGAGUACAAAGCCAAUCAGUGGAAGCACAGAAGAAUGUUCUGUUACUAGGUGUGGUUUGCUCCAUAAAAUAACUGAAGCUCAGUGCAAGCUUUCCAGCCUGCUGCUUCCCUGUAACAUCUACUAGUGACUCUUUCUUGUCCUCCUCCAGAAACUACCGUCAUCAUGUCUUUCAUGCAUGAAUUCCUUACUCAUGCAUCCUUCCUGGAAGGUGGAGGACACCCCCCAUGCACUGCUGAAGAAUCUGGCCCAUCACUUAAAGCAAAUCCUGGAUUCAAUGCUGCAGCUGAUGCAGCAAACUUGGAUAAAGCCAUUAAAGCAAAAGGUGUGGAUGAAGGAACUAUCAUUGACAUUCUGACAAAAAGAACCAAUUGUGAACGACAGCAAAUCAGAGCUGCUUAUCAACAAUUAACCGGGAAGAGUCUUGAUGAUGCUUUGAAGAAGUGCCUAAAAAGUCACCUGGAGGAAGUUGUCCUGGGUUUACUCAAAACUCCAGCCCAGUUUGAUGCCCAUGAAUUGAGGGGUGCCAUCAAGGGCCUUGGAACAGAUGAAGACUGUUUGAUUGAGAUCUUGGUAUCGAGGACCAAUUGUGAAAUCAAAGAAAUUAACAAGGUUUAUAAAGAAGAAUUUAAAAAGGAACUUGGAAAGGACAUUCUUGGUGACACAUCAGGAGAUUUUCAGAAGACUCUCCUUGCCCUCUCUAAGGGGGAACGGAAUGAGGAUACACGUGUCAAUGAAGACCAAGCUGACAACGAUGCCAGGGCAUUGUAUGAAGCUGGAGAGAAGAGAAAAGGAACUGACGUAUCUACAUUCAUCAACAUUUUAACUAAUAAAAGUUAUCCACAUAUUCAGAAAGUUUUACAGAGAUAUGCAAGAUACAGCAAAAAUGAUCUGAACAGGGCCAUUGAUCUUGAGAUGAAAGGAGAUCUGGAAAAAUGCUUAAUGAGUAUAGUGAAAUGCGCUAGCUCUAAACCCGCUUAUUUUGCUGAAAGAUUCUAUUUGGCCAUGAAGGGAUCUGGAACUCGGCACAAUGCUUUAAUCAGAGUACUAGUUUCCAGAUCUGAAAUUGACCUAAAAGAAAUCAAAACCUGCUAUAAACGACUUUAUGGCAAAUCUCUCCGCCAGGCUAUUAUGGAAGAAAAACUCAAAGGCGAUUAUGAAACCAUUAUGUUGGCCCUGUGUGGACCUGACUCCUGAAACUCUGUAUAAAUUCCAUUUGUCUAUAAUUGUUAUAUUGGAGCUUUGCUUGGUCUAACUUGUCCUCAAGGUAGAAAUACUAAAAUAAAGCUACUACAGUUGUCCAUUUACAUUGCAAACUGCAUCCCUUUACAGACCUGUUUUCUUUGGUACAUUAUACUGCAAACAUUUUUGUAAUCUCUUAAUAAAACAAAACAAUCUGUGCAAUUGUA